CUAGGAUCUCCAGGUUGGUGAAAAUGGGAAGAGUGUUCGUGAUAGAACUCGAGGGACCCGCCUAUACAUGCAUAGAGUGCCACACACACAUCGGAGUCCCCAGUGAUAUCAUCUCUAAAGAGAUCGAGGAAGUUUUUGACAUCCAUGACAAUGACAUCAUAUAUGACUUCAGUAGACUCUUCAAUACAUUUCCGGCUGAAAACACGUUCUAUUCUGCUUUGCAAAAUAUCUUUUGUGUCGGUUGUGCUAAUAUCAUUGGCAUACAUAACAUAAGCCAAGUUGAUGAGGGUGGUCCAACUACUUACUGGGCUAUGAGGAAGAUACUCCAUGGACCGGAAGGAAGUGAUGAUGAGGUUUAGGAGUUGGUAUGUGCUAAGAAAAAAAAGACUAUUUGAUGUAGAAGUAUAUAUGCUUUUGAAUUUCAUAUUACUUUGUAUAGUGUGUGAAUAGUAUGAAGAACAAAUCACAUAUUCCUUUUGGGGUUUUGAUGACAUUUGGAAUUAAUGAGUCCAUCUGCAUAGUUUACAUGUUUAUUAUGUUUUCUUAUAAUUGAAUAAUUUGAUAACUUUUUUUGCUGGUUCUAGCUACUAGUAAUAAGUUUUAUACUUCCUCCCGUUUCUAAAAACUCCAUAUUUUAGAAUUUUUACACUUAUUAAAAAAAAUAUCAAAUUUUAGUUACUAAUACAUUAUUUUCCGUAUCAACUAUUUUCUACAAGUUUUCACUAAUAGAAAUUUAAUAAAUAAAAUUAUGUUUUUUGAAGUUUACAAUUUACAUUUAAUUCAUGAAAAUAUGAAAAAUGUAUUUUUUUUUAAACAAAUUUUUUUUUCUAAAACAUGGAUAUUUUAGGAACGGAGAGAGUAUUUGUCACUAUAGAUUACACAUCAAUGGCGGUUUUGUGCUACUUAAUGCAUGUGUCAUAUAUAUUAUAUCGCAAAUAACAUUGAAUCUUCAAAUUCAUUAAGACGAGCUCAAAGACGACAAAGAGGCAUUGAUAAACACCAUAAAAGAUUAGUUCCUUCACGGUACCCAUAACAAUCAUAUUUACAUCUCUUGAAAAGUACAUUAUUCAUUAAAAAACACCAAAAAAAAAAAAAUCGGAACCUCUGAAUACUCAUCUUUUAC